UAGACACCGAUCUCACGACGACAUUUCCGCAAGUACACAAACAAGGAAGAAUCGUUUAGUCCAUGUUUGGUAAUUCCCAAAAAUGAGUGCAAUAAAGUCCUGCGGGAUUUUGAUGAGUUUUUGCUGCAUACUCACGAGCACAUAUGCAUCUUCCGACGUCUUCGAUGGUGUUUUGGGAAACACGGCGUCUUGUCAUAAAACAUGUCAGAUGACUUACAGUUUGCACACUUAUCCACGGGAGGAGGCGCUGUAUGCCUGUGAGAGAGGAUGUCGUCUCUUCUCCAUCUGUCAGUUCGUGGGUGACAGCAAGGAUCUCAACGAAACCAAAGCUGAAUGCGAGUCAGCCUGUCGUGAAGCCUACACCCAGUCAGAGGAGCAGUAUGCAUGCAAUCUAGGAUGCCAGAGUCAACAGCCAUUUGCAGAGCAAAGAAUAGAGGAGUUGUUGACCAUGAUGCCCAGGAUCCAUCUCCUGUACCCACUGUCUCUGGUGAGGGGUUUCUGGGAAGACAUGAUGAGCCAAGCUCACAGCUUCAUCACCUCAUCCUGGACAUUUUACCUCCAGGCAGAUGAUGGCAAAGUGGUCAUUUUCCAGUCCGAGCCGCAAGUUCAGUUUAUCCCUCAGUUUGAAUUCCAGAGAGACGAGACUGAGGAGUCACAGAGCACUUUUGUAGAUCAGGAAAUGAAAAACCCAAUUUAUAAAGACUACCCAAGAAGCUACAUUCAGGAGAGAGACAGAGACAUGUUCAUCGAUCGAAGCAACUCUGAGGACGAUUACAACCUCUUCAGCUGUCUCUCAAGGAACCCGUGGCUGCCUGGCUGGAUCCUGACCACCACUCUGGUUCUGUCUGUCUUGGUUCUGAUCUGGAUUUGUUGUGCCACAGUGUCCACUGCUGUUGAGCAGUACGUCCCCGCUGAUAAGCUAAGCAUAUAUGGGGAUAUGGAGUACAUGAAGGAUCAGAAACUGACCCCGUAUCUGCAGUCCUCUCUGGUGAUCAUCAGAUCGCCAGGUGUGGAGGAGCAGGAAGCUGGACCUCUUCCAUCAAAGGUCAAUCUGGACCAGUCUAACAUUUAACCAGUCUAGCAUCCAAAGAAAUUGAGCUUUUGGUUUUCUCUUUCAGAGGUGUGGUUAUAGCUUCAAACGCAUUGACUAUGGGUUUCUUGGUUCUCCUUUUUUAAAAUUUGAGAAGCGUGGACUGUGGGGAAUAUAUUCUGUUGAUGUUUUGGCACUUUAAAGGCAUUACCUAUCAGACUGAAAGCUCUGUAGGAUCUGAGUUUUUCUGUUUACUGCCCAUUUGUAGAGAUGAAGUCUUCUUGUUUCCCUUAUUCGUUUUUAAGUGUUCUCAAUGUGAUCAGUAACAGCUUGUGAUUUGAGGUACGACGUGUUGCACAAUGACAUUAACGUUUUGAUUUAUGCUUUAGUACAAGAUAUCUCUGCUGCAGGGAGUGGAAAUUUCUUGAACUGCCAUAGAGACGAAUAGAGAGUUUACGAGAGUCGUAAAGUCAAUAAAGGCAUUGUAAAUGAAGUUGUUUUGCGACCUCUCAGAUUUGUCAUCUAAAUAUUAAUAAACAAACCUACUAAAAAGUG